AUGGAGUUCAGAUACAGAGCCGUGGACGGUGAUCGGCCCUCUACUGCGACGGACACGGCGCCAUCUCAACCGCCGAAUACGACCUUUUCUUUCUUCCCGUCGCGACCAAUGCUAGGACCAAGUGAGGAUCAUGUUCGGGAAGCAAUUCAACGAGAAAUCGAGAAAGAGCAAAUCCGUCAAGAGAUCAUUGUUGCAGGAACAUCGAGAAGAAGAGAGCUUAUAGCCGAGGUUUUACAGGAGAUGGCCGUCGAGAGAGAAAUGGCGAUAAGACGAGUUAUUCGCCCUUACAGUCUAGUUACAUCACCCAUGACACAAAUGCCUAAGGCAACACCACCAGUGUUGGAGUCUAACAAGGAUAAGUUGAUUGUACUGAAUAGGGCUGAUUCUGUUGGAGAAAAGCGUAAAGCAGAGGAUACUCAAACUGGUAUUGGAAGAGCCAAGCGUAUAGCUAGAGAAGACUGGAGUUUCCGGAUAUUGAAGGAACAUCUUCAAGAGGAGAAAAUGCAAAAAGAGAAAGAAGCAGCCUCGAAAGCCAAGCCGAUAUCUGUGGAAACCGGAGAAACAGUCUCUUUGAAUCUUCCUUGCUUGGAGAAACUUAGCAGUGGAAAGCAACAAGUAGAGAGCAAGCCAAAAUUUCAGUUUAAGUUUUGGUGCGACGUUUGUAGCGUUGGAUCCUUUACUCAAACGAUCAUGAAGGAUCAUGAGUUAGGAAAGAAACAUAUUGCUGCUAUCAAAAAACAGAAUGAGUUACUUGAGUCUGCUUCAACCUCCAUCAUCACAGCUCCUGCUUCCGCUACAUCGCCACAAUCAGAAGCCAUUAUUAAAGUACUCCAAAAUGCUAAUGUGGAGGAUCAGAAAGAAACAGGAAAGAAGACAGAAGGUGAGAAGGAGAAGAAGGUAAUCAUUCGGUGCGAAACUUGUAAGAUUUGGACACAUUCUGAACAGGUGAUGGAGACUCAUAAGCUUGGGAAAAAGCACAAGGCUCUGCUUGAGAAACAGCAACAUAAGCCUCUAGCUGUUUUAGAUACCAAUGUCAUGACAGUCCCAGUGAGAUCUUUAAAUGCUGAUCCAGGAGAGAAAGGAUCAGUGGAUCAUACAAAAGGUAUGGUUCAUUGCUUGGACUAG